AUGAGCGUCUCGGACGAAUACAUCACACGAGUGCAGCAGCUGGAUGAGCUCGUCGCCAAUGUGCAGGACACGUUCGCGCACACGACAUGCACGGAGCGUAUGCCACAGCCGGCCGACGACCUGGUUAACAACGCAGAGGUUCCGCUACCCUCCAUAUUCCCCGAACAAGCUGCCAAAUCACCUACCAGCAAACACUGGGAGAGCUUACUGGCUGGCAAGGGCUACAGGUGGCAAAACUCGCCAUGGUUCCUGGUGGAGCAAUACAUGUUCCACUUGAUCCUUUUAAUGACAAGCUACUACUCAACGCACUUCGACCCGUUCAACUACUCGAAAGUGGCAGAGUUAAAAGGAGACACACCGUGGUCUGUGCUUCAGGCGGCGGUAAAAAUUUCUACACAAGUAGGAUCCGGUCCGCAGAGCCAUCGCGACCAGUUCAAGCGCUUUAUGAUAUUCUCUCUAUGGGGCAACAAAGCAGAUGGCACCAACGACAACGAUCAAGUGAUGACGUUCCUGGAGCAAAAAGCGCGCAAUAACGGGGCGAAAACCCUUAGUGUUGAGUAUAUCAGCGACAACAUCGGGUCAGAGCUUUUGCUGGACCUGGCGAUGGCGGAUCACAUGCUGACACACAAUUGGUGUGGCAAGGUGACUUUUAACGUCAAAGCGGAGCCCAUCUACGUGUCGGAUGUGAUGGCUGCCGACGUGGAUCAACACAUUUUGGAGAUGCAGCGUGAUACCCGCACUACAGAGGUGCGGUCUCUGGGCAAGCGAUUGGCCGAGUAUUCCCGCAACGGACAGAUCGUCACCCGCCCAGACACGUACUGGAAUCAAUAUACUUACUACUGGGAGAUGCCAGCGGAGUUGCAGACUCGUGUCGCCCGUGAGGCGACACUAGUAGUUCUGAAGGGUAAAUCAUUCAAUGCUCAGGCCGACCAACCUGCUUAA